GUGUCUCUGUGUUCUGGAGGUGACCUGAACUACUCUCAAAUGCUCAGGAUGCUUCUAUUUCCUCUGGAACCUCUGUGUGACCCCAGCCUGCAGUUCACAAAACAGUCAUUGUUGUGUCGUAAGGAAAAGGAGAUAGUUCUAAACACACACUGCUUUAUGUUUGUCUCUCCAGGUUCUUAGGGUAAAUCCAAAGGCUAAGUCUCCUUCAAGUCUCAGCAUCCUGUCGGGGCCAGAGGAAUGUCACAAUGCAGAGUCCCUCUCUGAGCCUGGCUGGGUCUGCCUAUGGAACCACACCUGUGUUUACAAAGGGUCUACAAAACAUAAGAGCUACCAAGGGUCAGUUGGUGGUAUUUGAGUGUCGCAUUCACUCCACACCCACCCUGCAGGUUCACUGGUACAGAGAAUAUGAUCAGAUUGUGGAUUCUGCUGAUUUCCGAAUACUGCGGAAAAAGGCUUGUUCUUCAGCAGUUCCUGAGGAAGUCUGCACCCUGGUUAUUACAGAAGCUUUUCCAGAAGACUCUGGAAUAUUUAAAUGUGUUGCUGAAAAUGAAUUUGGGUCUGCAGCAUCCAGUGCACAUCUCUCUGUUUCCCCAGGAGCUAAAGAGCUGGAAAGCUUUGGAGGUGCUGCCCCUAGGCCAGCCGUGCAGGUCACCUUGAAGAAGCCCACCCUCCCCAGGAACAGCCAGGCAGGAGCCAAGGACCGUGGGGCAGCAGCUCUGCCAUCCUACAGCCCAGAGAGCCCCGGGCUGGGCACCCGAGCAGCAGCCACAAGCUUUGGUCAGAAGAACUCCAAGAGCCAAGCUGAAGACUUCCACGGAGUUUAUGAAAAUUCACCUCAGGCUUCGCCUCUGCGGUAAGACAGAGAAAUAAUUACACCCCUGGGUCAGCUUUUUACGACACUUAAGGAAUGAAUAGUCCAGUGAUCCCAGCUGCACAUCCAGUGCCCCUUACCCUGACAGGGAUCACAUGCCUGAGCUGUUUGCCUGGGUGACAAUGACAAUGUGCAGCACCAGCCUGGCAGGUCACAGCACAGGCUGCAUUUGACCAAGUGUGUAAACACCUAAAGCAUCAGGGAAGG